AUGAAUAAUGAACUACCAGUUCUUGAAAAUCUAUUUAAAAGAUGUCCAGACAUCUAUAAAGAAGAAAUUUGUAUAAGUCGUAGGGCAGAAGGUAAACUUAUGUCCAAAAUGUUUGAAAUUGUUGAUAAAGUAGACUCUAUUAAAAUUAAUACUAUCGAGGUUGAAGACGGCAGUGGGUUACGACACACUGUCCUUGAACAGCGAGUUG